AUGGCUCCAGAUCUUGGCCCUGAAACGGAGGCGAAGGGCGACAUAACGCUGCGCGUCGUGUCACUCCAGAAGCUCAUCGAAGGCGACAAAGAUACUACUUCGAUCCUCCUAAAGGCGUGCACUGAUCUUGGGUUUUUCUACCUUGACUGCCGCGAAGUAUUGUCUGGGCGAUAUACAGAGGAUGUCACCAACAUGUACGCACUGGCGAAGGACUUUUACGACAUGCCUCAGGAGGAGAAGUCCAAGUGGCUCGUCGACCGAGAUCACGAUGAACACAUGGUCAUGGGAUACAAGCCUGCCGGCCAUGGUAACGGCCCAGUCGAGGGAAAGAAAGAUGGUUUCGAGGGACUCAUGCUUAUGGAACGCCCAAUUUCCAAGAUAGCAGACUCGUCAUUGUUUCCCGGCCCCGAAGCCAUAGCCAGGCAGCUUAGCCAGCUCAAAGAGGCCAUAUCCGACUUUCGCGAUAUCUCCAUGCUUCUUCUGACUCGUCUUUCUGAGGGGCUGGGCUUGGAUGGGAGCAGGGCGUACCAGCGUUACCACCGCAAGGGCGCCGUGUGCCCGACGGCGCUUGGCUUACUCAAGUAUACCCUGGCCGAGAAGGAGCCGCAUAAGGUUGGACAGAUCGCUCACACUGACGCUGGUAGUCUUUCCAUCGUCUUUACUGAGGUUGCCGGCCUGCAAGUGCAGCGGCCUCAAGAGGAGGAUUGGUACUACAUCGCCCCAAAGCCAGGUCACGCCGUUGUAAACGUAGGUGACUCGCUGCGGUUCAUAUCGGAUGGUGUGUUAGCGUCCAGUUUGCACCGGAUUAUUCCUCACAAGGAUGAGAAGGGCCGUCACAAAUACUCGAUCGUGUACCUCCUUAGACCUGAGAUGGAUGCCGAAUUCGUGGAUGCCGAGGGCGUGGCUUGGAAGGGCCUUGACUGGACGAACAAUAAACAUGCUGUCUUUCGAGCCACAGCUCAAGAACAGGCAAAGGGAACCUAUCUUACCGGCCGCGAUGGUUAUGUGGGGCAUUGGGAUCCAGAGGUAGAUCAGGAAAGUAGAACCAUCACGGUGGAGUGA